UCCCCCAACCCGGUUCGUCCAUCCUCACGAUCCUUGAAAAAGAGGACUGCCAUUUAAACUCGAAACAAAAGCCAAAAAAACUGCUGCAAAUGUCGAGAAUGACAAAAAAUCGAAGUGAAAAAAAAAAAUGAAAAAUAGGAGAGCGCAGAAUGAAAAAAAUGUCAUGCAAAGGGACGUCACGUCGAUUUGGUUUACGGCUUGACCCCGUUGAAUUAUGGUAUUUUCACGAUAUGAUUUACGGUGACUUUAUUUCACAUUCCAUUAUGAAGCUCUGAGUAAACAGAAAACCGGACCUCAAAAAAUCCUCUCAAGCAGACGGAAAAAUAAAAAAUCAUUAAUCCCCUCUAAAAAAAAUUUUACAUCUCAGUUCCAUGUCUUUCUCAGGGACAACAAAUUAAAUCCUGAUAUCUCUGCGGAGGUGUUUGCUCAGUUCCCCAUGAAUUAUAACUAACGAGAAGUCCCAGUAUCACCCGGUGAUUUCCAUCGGAAAACGUUGAAUAACAAGAAACCAGAAAUGAAGAAUUGAAAUAAUAUUCAAUACAUUCAUUGCCAUUGCUCGUGAGUUUAUAGUCAUUGCCAAUAUUUUGCCUCCCCCUCGAAGAAAUAGCGUUAUCACUGGGUGAUCGUGCCAAGCGAACGAGAUCACGCGUGCGAUAUUAAAUCCACCGUUCAAAUCACAGCCAUUCCCGUUAAUGAAAAUACCUGAAAUUCCAAUCCUUUCAUUUUUAUCACAUUAAAUUCAGUUAUAUUUAUUGUUCACAGGCCAUAACCAAGUGAAUUACCCACGAGUACUCGAGCGCAUCGAUUUGCUAGCUAUAACAGCCGAUGAUACCGCGAAUAGAGCACAACAAAAGUCACUGGUCUAUUCUUUCACUUCUCCCCGUACGAGUACGGCGAUUUUUUUUGUACUCGACUGGCUCUGUGUCGGUGAUAUACGAAAAUAAAUUCGUUCCCGGCUAUGUGCCGGUCUGCCAAAGGCGCUCUAAAUUCUUGGACGUCGAGGAAGGAAGUCGCGCGAGAGAGCGAGACAGGAAGAGUCUCCCCAGUGAAUUGACAAUUUUCAUGAUUUGUUUACGUUUAAUGGGGAUCCCCGCAAACGGCGGCGAGUCGCUCAAGGGCUUGAGUAUGGGAACCACCGAAGAACCAAACGGUCAUUUCCCAGCCUUCUUCCGUUUAGGGAUAUUGAUAGAUACGAGAAUAGAAGCUGCGGGAUGCGUCUUGUCUGAAUCACAGGAAGUUGUUGCUUCCUGUCUGACGUUAUAUUUCCGUCGCCCCUCCCGUGGGGGGGCCCAACUACUGGCGCCUUCAGUGUGUAAUUGUGGGUAGGAGUCAAACUGUUUGUCUGUACUUUAACUAGCUCUGUGCAGAAAGGCGGAUACUCACCCAUUACAUUCCGUAACGGUUCAGGAUCAUAGGUGAUGGCCCACGGAGAUGCAUUACAGUUAUUUUGCUUCUCUCUCCCCUUUCCCCCUCCCAUGGGUCUUACCCCAUUCCCUUCACUAUGAUUCUUUAUCUUUUUGGAUUUAUUUUUAUUCUCUGUAAUCCUAUAACUACGUUCAUAUAGAAAAGUGAAGGAAUCGUAGCUCUCCCGUGUUCUUGUACCUCCUGAGCCCAGUGUAAUGGAACACUAGGCGGUUGCGUGACGAGUACUAUAUCGCUCAAUCGCAGUUUUCCCCCU